GCAGAGCUGGCCAGGAUGUACAAAAACGAAGGGAACGAGUACUUCAGGGAGAAGGACUACAGGAGAGCUGUCACGGCCUACACCGAGGGGCUGAAAAAGCAGAGCGAGGACGCGGAGCUGAAUGCCGUGCUGCACACGAACCGGGGGGCAGCCCAGUUCUACCUGGGUAACUACCGUUCUGCUCUCAAUGAUGCCAUCCAAGCGAAGAAGCUGAAGCCCACCCAUCUCAAAGCAAUCAUAAGAGGAGCUCUCUGUCACAUGGAGCUAAAGAAUUUCUCUGAAGCAAUAGCAUGGUGUGAGGAAGGCUUGCGAAUAGAUUCAAAAGAGAAAAAGCUUGUGGAAAUGAGAGCUAAAGCUGACAAAUUAAAGCGAGCUGAGGAGCGGGAUGCAAGGAAAGCAAAGGUGAUGGAGAAGAAAGAGCAGCGCCAAAAGGAAAUUUUGCUUGCAGCAAUAAAGGAAAGAAAUAUCAAGCUGGUUCUUGAGCCUUCAAAUGAAGAAGAGGAAAUAUCAGAUGGCCUGGCCGAGAUAUCCUUAGAUGGGUUCCACUCUGACAAUGCUACAGGGGCAAAGGUGCACUUAGAUGCUGAUGGCAACCUCAGCUGGCCUGUCCUUUUUCUGUACCCUGAGCAUGAGCAGACAGACUUCAUUGCGGCUUUCCAUGAGAACUCUAGGUUUAUUGAUCAUUUAAUGGUGAUGUUUGCUGAGUUACCUCCUUGGGAUUUAGAAAGAAAAUACCUUCCCAGCAAUCUUGAGCUCUAUUUUGAAGAUGAAGAAAGAGCAGAAAUGUACGAGCUGAACCCAGAGCAGACAUUGCUACAAAUGCUGCAGCACCAAAGGUAUUUUGUAAAGGCUGGGACUCCCACAGUUUUGGCAUUUGUAAAACGUUCUCCUUUCUCUAAGAAGUACUUCUGUGGCAAGAAGGUGCAUCGAUUAUAA